GGCGUUUUGUUGAAGAGAAGUUUGGCUCUGAUUACGGAGUCAAAAUGGACGGGCAUUCUGAUGACCACAGUCCAUCAGGAAGUCUCCUCCCCGGAGAAUCUUGGCUACAGUGCUGGGAAAACGAGAUAAAUUCUAUUUCUGGUCUGAAUCUUCAAGGCAGUAGCACUGAGCUUGGGGAACUGAACAGUCUCGUGGAAGACAAGGAGAUAGCGGCAAAGGCGGUGGCAUUUGUUGUCAACAGCACACGCAAAGGCAUUGUACCCUUGUGUGCUGAUGUUGCUAACCUGCUCCGCACAAAAAGGAGUUUGGAGAAAAAGGUCUUUAAGUUGAAAAAAGAAAAUGAUGUGUUGAGGUCAGCUGCAUCAUUGAGUGUCCGAACUAGUCAUUCCACGAGUCCAACCCCAGCCUCCCUCAGUUCGGAAAAAGGAAGUUUUACUGAGCACAGCUUUCAACUUCAGGAACGAUGCAGACCUUGUUCCCGCUGUAGUCAGAGCUCCAGUACAAUCAGCAACUCGCCACAGUUUCAUGAGAAAAACAAUCGACAAAGACUUACUAGUCUGCAGAAUUCUCCAGCAAGUCUUCAGGACACCCUGGACACCAAAGCUCGGCGACACAGCUCACCUAAGUUCAGAAGAUCAAGGUCAUGUAACCGUACACAAGGGGGGAUAACUACGAAGGCCCUGGUGCACCACCCUCACAAAGUCGCCACCUCACCAAAACAAAUUGAUUGUCUUGAAAAUAAAUCUGCUGUGAAGAAGGAAAGAAAAAAUUCUCUGCCUGAAAUAGUAUCUGAACCUAGAACGGAUGUGAAGAAAGUUAGUCCUGUCAGUACCAGUGAACCAGCUGAGGACAUCUGCACUGCCACUCCAGUAGCUCAGGCAGCUCCUGACCCCCUGACGACCUCCGACCCUCUCAAGAACUCUGACCCUCUGACAUCUUCAGUUGCUAUGGUGACAUCAGACCCUACAGAAACUACGGACCCGGUGUCUCGUCUGGAAAAUCCAGUUUCAAAAUGUCUCUCAAAGAACGUAUUAGAGCAUGAUCUAGAGGAGCAGUUUAUGGAAACUGUCCGUAUCAAUUCCAAGCUGGUUGAUGACCUUGGUGCAGCUCACAAAGAGAUUGCAAAUUUAAAAUGCCGUCUCCGAGAUUUAGAGAUGACACAUUUAGAGUCAGAUUGUGCUGGAGAGUUUUAUAUCGAAAACGAAUGUGAUAGUCUGAGAUACCUGGAGGAUCGUGUGACCUGGGUAAACAACAACAACAGCCACAAUAGCAAAAAGUCAAAGCACUGCUAUAGUUUACCGAAAUUUGGAGUGAAGAAAGUGCAGCCCAUCUCCCCAUUGUUCUGUGAGCCACUCCAUGGCUGUAAGUGUGCGGCCUGUGGGGAAGCCUUUGGUAGUGAUGAAGAUAUGACACAGCAUACUGCAGAAGGAUUUCCAGGAAACCACAGAAAAUUUUCUGUCAGCCACAGGUUACAAGUCCAGAUGAAUGACCAUGUUGUUGCCAAGGGAGACAGGACAGGCUUUAUACGUUACCUUGGUCACCUGGACGGAAUUGGACACCCCAACAUGUUGUUCGUCGGGCUGGAGCUGGACUCCCCAGGUGGCCAACAUGAUGGGUACAUCAGUGGAAAACGAUACUUCUUUUGCAAGAAAAACCAUGGAAUAUUUGUCCCCCUUCAAGAGAUCCUUUGUAAAGUUAGUAAAAAGAUUUCAAGAAAAGUUUCCAUGUUCGAUGGUUCAGACACAAACAGUAAGAGAAACAAAAGCAACCCCGAGUUUCCCAAGUAUGAUGAUACAGACAGGGAUAAUGUGUUUUCCUGAUGAAGGAUAUACUGACGUGGUUUCUGAUGUUGACGACUGAAUUCAGCUUAAGUUGUCUUAUGUGUAAACCCUGAUCAUUUUUUUUUGUUGAGUGAGAGCGAAACAAUGCAAUAUAUGGAAACUGCACUCAUCUUCAAAGUUAUUGCAAUCCUUAUCAGCCAUUUUUUUAUCAUUUCUUUGACAUGUGUUUUCAAAAUACUCACAUUUAGAUUGGUUAGUAACACCUUAACAAUUAAACUGUAAAAAUUAGUGAUUCGAAUUUAAAACGUAAAUUGGAUUCAGUGGAAAUCAUAUGUGGUCAAACCUCCUUAUUUCAAAGUCAGUGGGGCUCUGGAAAAUAUUCCAAGUAUUCAAGGUAACCAAGAAUAUUUUUUAAAGAAUUUUAUUCAAGGAACACUGAAUUUUUACUUUGACUUAAGCAGGGCCUUCCAGUUAUCAGACUUUGUGAUAAUGAAGUUUGACUGUAUAGUGUUGUUUUCAUAGAAUAAGGUAGUUAAAAUGAAAAUCAGCAAUUAGAAAAUAUAUUUAUGAUGAUUAUUUAUUUGUUUACCUAAGACAGAAAUGGUCAUUAUUGAGAUGUAGAACAAUUUCAGUUACUCAGAAAUUAUGAUAGCAAUUUUGGAUUUUGAUAACAUUAACAGACAACAAUUUAGUGCUAAAAAUUUGAUACCUGCCUGUCUCCAACCAAAUGAUUAUUGUGAAUUAUUAAUUUAUAAGGAAAAGUUUUAAUAUAUAAAGGAAAUCAGCAUUGGAAAUACUAACAGUUGGGACCAGUGCUAAGUUUCUGAAAGGAUGAAACAUCACUCGAAACAUCAAUAGAUUUUGUCCUUGAAGUCAUUAUUGAGUACGUAUCUGGAAAUUUUCCGGUUAAAUCAUUUUAAAUCAGUCUUUUAACCAUACACUGGCCAUCAUGACUUAUUCACCAUGCCUGUUAUGUGCUUUGUGCCCCCACUAUUAUUAUUUUUUGUAGGAAGGGGAGUAUAUACAUAUGAAUGUAGUGUUAUCCAUCUCCGUCUGUUGUGUCCCGUUUUGUAUUCUGAAUCAGUAACAUCUUGAGAACCUUCGAACAGAUCUUUCGCAUAUUUACACCAUAAUAUCAUGAUAUCAAGUCACAUGCCUGAUAAAAUCAUGGUUUUUGGUGAAAGUUCACUUUUGGGCCACAGUUUACCUUUGACCCCUUUGUGAACUUUGACCUCUUUUACACGGGCCACAUUCAUUUUUUCAAAUCAAUAACAUAUCUUGAGAAUCCCAGAUUUAGUUCAUGUCUACACGAAAGUGUUAUUUCACUUGAUCACAUUCUGGUGGCCAUUGGUCAAGGUCAAUGGUCGUCACUGAACUCACACUGCACAGGACACAAUGUGUAGCUCAUUCCAAAUUCUGAAUCAAUAUUUGAUCUUGGGAACACUCCACAGUAUCAUAACAGAAGGUUCUUUGCAUCAUUUCGUACAGACAUUUUCUAGUCUUCAAGAUUCUUUGACAAAUGAAACACAGUUUUCCGAAAGCUCCAAACACAGUUUGGAAUUGCUGUUUGUGUUGAAGGAAAGCAUAUUUCCAAAAAUUGACCGGUUCAGUUUCCAAAUCAGA